CGUGAACGCCAUAUUCCGAACAGCAACGCCCAUAAGUUCAGACUGUUCAGUAGUUCACACCGGUAGGCGUAGGCUUGCGUAUAAAUCACGAGAGAAUCGAUCGGGGUCAGGUCAGGAGAACAGAGAAGAAAGCGAGAGCGAAUUCAACGGACAAGAGGAACAUACAUACAUUCAGUGAUGGACGAGCAAAACCAGUGGCUCACGGAGCCGGAGCCCGAAGAGUUAACCUACAUGUAUCAUCAAGAAGAGCACUCCAGGAUGCAAGAGCAAUUCGUAGGGGGGCCGCUCCUCGAGCCACCAGUUCACUUUGAUCAGUUCAACACGACGCCCAUGGCGUCGUCAAACCCGUUCCAUCCAUCUCAGGGCGCCAGCUUCCCGAGCUUCGGUGGCUCGGAAUUGCCCAGCCUGACGUUCGGAGCGGCGGCGACCAAGAACGAGCCGCGGAUGCAGCCGUCGCCUUCGUCCUCGAACGUCCUCUCCUUCGCCGGCCAGGCUCAGGGUGCUACGCUCGAUUUCUCGGGGAGGACCUGGCAGCAAGACGACGGCGUCAGCGUGUUCCAGCAGCCGCCCGAGAGGAGGAGCAGGGCUCCCGUGAACGCGCAGGAGCACGUCAUCGCCGAGCGGAAGCGGCGGGAGAAGCUGCAGCAGCAGUUCGUGGCGCUGGCCACCAUCGUCCCCGGCCUCAAGAAGACGGACAAGAUUUCCCUUCUGGGGAGCACCAUCGACUACGUGAAGCAGCUGGAGGAGAAAGUGAAGACCCUGGAGGAGCAGCAUGGCACGCGUAGAACGGCCGAGCCCACCACCGCCUUCGAGAGCAAGUGCCGCAUCACGGCCGACGACGACGACGACGACGAUGCCGGCCCUAGCGGCAGCGCCUCCGGCGCCGACGAUGCUUACAGCCCGACCGUCGAGGCGAACAUCCAUGGCAGCACCGUCCUCCUGAAAAUCUGCUGCAAGGAGAGGAGAGGGUUGCUGGUGAUGGUCCUCUCCGAGCUCGAGAACCAUGGCUUGUCCAUCAUAAACACCAGCGUCGUGCCGUUCACGGAUUCCUGCCUCAACAUCACCAUCACUGCAAAGGUUGAAGAGGGUUUUUCGACAGCGGUUGAGCUUGUGAAGAACCUGACAGUGGCUGUCAAAGGUUUCAAAUGAAAACAGUUUAAAAGGGAACCUUCUGUACAUUAGUACAUAUGACAAGUAUGACAAGUAAUACACGUAUUCUCUCUAUUCCAUAUUAUAAUUUUUUUUGUUUUUGUUAGAUUCA